AUGCACCCCCUCAAGGUCGCAUUAGCUCUUGCGGCCGUGGCCACAGCCAGCCCAACCGACCUCUUCAGUCGUACCACCUGCUCUACCCCAGACGGCAGUGGUACAUGCCUCGAGACCAGCUCGUGCGGUGGCUUUUCUGUGGCCGGCUACUGCCCUGGCGCCAGCGACAUCCAAUGCUGCAUUACCGACACCUGCUACACUCCAUCCGGCACCGGCACCUGCCGCGACACCACCGCGUGCGGUGGCACCUCUGUGUCUGGCUACUGCCCUGGCGGCAGCAACAUCCAGUGCUGCGUCGACGGCUGUAGCACCCCAGACGGCAGCGGCACCUGUAAAGAUAUCUCCUCGUGCAGUGGCUUUUCUGUGGCUGGCUACUGCCCCGGCGCCAGCAACAUCCAGUGCUGCAUCCAAGACAUCUGCAGCACCCCAUCCGGCUCUGGUACCUGCAAGAACACCGGCAGCGGCUGCUCUGGCGGCUCGUUCAUCCCCGGCUACUGCCCCGGCGACUCAUCCGUCGAGUGCUGCGUGUCAGGAACUACAACCUGUAGCACCCCAUUGGGCUCUGGUACCUGCAAGAGCACCGGCAGCGGCUGCUCUGGCGGCUCAUUUAUUGCCGGCUACUGUCCUGGCGCCAGCGACAUCCAGUGCUGCGUGUCAGGAACUACGUCCUGUAGCACCCCAUCUGGCUCUGGCGUCUGCAAGUACACCAGCAGCGGCUGCUCUGGCGGCUCGUUUAUUGCCGGCUACUGCCCCGGCGACUCAUCCAUCGAGUGCUGCGUUCAGGGCUCGGGCGGCGGCGGCAGCGGCUGCAUUAACUGCCCCAUCAGCCGCAGCGAAAUUAUCUCCCGCGGUGAGUACUGGAUCAGUCGCCAGGUCCCAUAUAGCAUGUACGCCACCUACCCAGACCCAGAAGGCACCGACUAUCGCACCGACUGCUCAGGCUUUGUCUCUAUGGCUAUCCACACUACUCCUCCAGGCUACUCUACCGUCACUCUCCCAGACGUUGCUACCGAAAUCAGCUGGGAUGCCCUCCAACCUGGCGACUUCGUUGGUACACUUGGGGCAGGUACAGGUGGUGCUGCCGGCCACGUCACUCUGUUCCACUCGUGGGUCGACGCCUCUACCAAGACGGAAUAUAACUCGCUGGAGUGCCGCGGUACUGCAUACGGCUGUGUCGCUUAUCAGCGUCCUGUUGGCUGGACUGACGGCGGCUUUACGUCUAAGCCCUAUAAGUAUAUCCAUGUUGAGUAA